UAAGACACUUUGGGCCAACUGACGGCGGUGUCAGUCAGUCGGUCGAUGGAUGUUGCUCCACCUUUUCUUUUUUGAAAAGGUGGAAAAACUACCAUAGAAAAGACACUACAAAGAUAAUUAACAAUCAGAUUAGACAUAAAGUCAUCGGUUUGAGUGAACCCGUUCAAGGCCCUUCUCGUGGCAGCCAUGUCGGGUUCCUACGACGACUCCAUGAUUGACGUCUCCAGUGACAGCUUCUGGGAGGUGGGCAACUAUAAGCGCACGGUGAAGCGCGUAGACGACGGCAACCGGCUGUGCAACGACCUCAUGAGCUGCAUCCACGAGCGGGCGCGCAUCGAGAAAUCGUACGCCCAGCAGCUCACCGAGUGGGGCAAGCGCUGGCGGCAGCUCAUAGAGAAAGGCCCCCAGUACGGCAUGCUGGAGCGGGCGUGGUCGUCUCUGUGCACAGAGGCGGAGAAGGUGAGCGAGCUGCACAUGGAGGUGAAAGCGUCGCUGAUGGGCGAGGACUACGAGAAGCUGAAGAACUGGCAGCGCGACGCCUACCACAAGCAGAUGAUUGGCGGCUUCAAGGAGACCAAGGAGGCCGAGGACAGCUUCCGCAAAGCGCAGAAGCCCUGGGCCAAGAAGCUCAAGGAGGUGGAGACCAUGAAGAAGUCCUACCAUUCCGCCUGCAAGGAGGAGAAGCUGGCGGCCAGCAGGGAGACCAACAGCAAACUGGAGAGCAACAACAAUCCCGAAACGCAGAAGAAGCUCCAGGAGAAGGUGGAGAAGUGCCAGCAGGAGGCGCACAAGACGAAAGAACGCUAUGAGAAGUCCCUGGAGGAGCUGGACAAGCUGACCCCUCAGUACAUGGAGAACAUGGAGCAGGUGUUCGAGCAGUGGCAGCAGUUUGAAGACAAACGCAUUCGCUUUUUCAAAGAGCUUCUGCUGGAGGUCAAACAGCACCUGGACCUCUCCACCAAUCACAGGUUCCAGACGAUUUACCACACGCUGGAAGACACAAUCUCCGCCACGGACGCAGAGGAGGACUUGAAAUGGUUCCGAUCCAAUCACGGACCCGGCAUGCCCAUGAACUGGCCCCAGUUUGAGGACUGGUCCAUAGACCUGAACCGCACCCUAAGCAGACGGGAGAAGAAGAAGCCGUCGGAGGGCGUCACGCUGACGGGCAUUAGUCAGACUGGAUCCGACCAGCCGGUUCAGCCUCUCAAGACCAGCAGCAGCAUCAGCGCGCCUCCCAAAGCAGCGCCCCCCGGUUCGAACCCUUUCGAGGAUGACGACGAGGAGGAGGAGGCGACGAUGGUGGUCGAUGAGGAGGAUGAGGAGACGAGCAACCACAUCAGUGUGAAACAGGAUGACGUGAAAACCGGCAGCAGCAUGGAGAGGACGCCGGACUGGUCGGACGAGGACGCCACCGCUGCCCCUUUCUCGGCAAACGGGAACGGGAACCCCUUCGAGGAUGAGCCAGCCUCCCUGGUCAUCUCCGUGCCCGUCCGAGCGCUUUACGACUACGAGGGUCAGGAGCAGGAUGAGCUGAGCUUCAAAGCAGGGGAUGAGUUGACCAAAAUCGGCGAGGAGGACGACCAGGGCUGGUGCAAAGGCAGACUCAAGAAUGGGCAGAUUGGCCUCUAUCCUGCUAACUAUGUGGAGGACAUCCAGUAAUUCUAAGCAGAGUCACUGUGUGUGUGUGUGUGUGUGUGUGUGUGUGUGUGUGUGUGUGUGAGAGAGAGAGAGAGAGGGGAGUGGCCAAAAGGACCUCACAUUGACCCUCAUAAGAUGGAGUCAAGUUGGCAUUAAAAGACACUCGGCUGUUACAAAAAAAAAAAAAAAAAAAAGAAGGCUAACAUGCAUUAGCCGUCAGCAAACACUGGGCCUGACAGACUGUCUGCUAGCCACCGUGGACUUUUUAACGGGAGCCCGGGGUUGAUCACAUGACCAGUUGAGUCCAUUUUGCUUCUGUCUGUGGUGGAGAUAUUUGAUGACUAUCAAGGAGCCUUCAUGUGGUUCACAGCAAAUGGGUGGCCUUCCUUUAGCACUGCACUUGAAUGUAAACUCACUGAUUGUAUUUCUUAUUGAUUUAGUAGCUGGUAUACAUUCAACCACUGACCUAAUUCAUAUGCAAUCCUCUCUUUACUUUCCUUUUAACGCUGAAUAUUCAAGCUUAUUUUGCCACCUUGGUUUCAAGUGUCGAGCAGUCAAAGCGCAGCGUGGUUUCGUGUGUGCGUGAGAGCACAAAUAAAACUAUGAAAUCAUAGGUAAGUUGAUUAAUUUAUAUAUAAUGCCCUUUAUAAGUGCUUUUUUUGUUCUCUUCAGAUGCUGUGACUGAGAAUCAGUUUGUACAAAAAUGUAAUUGUUUCCUAUUUGCCAACAUGACCAUUAUUCCCUUUUGCAUGGGGCCACAUUCAUUUAAUUAAUUAGUAAAUAAUUUCUGAUACUUUAAAACAACCCUGUUCCGUAGUCUUCACAGAUGUCUUGUUAGGAGUUAUGAUUGCAUUGCGAAUUAGCCCCCUGAAAAAUGUUAACCAUGAUGCAAAGUUGAAAGGUUUUUGUCAUGUUUUCAGGAUACACCGCCACAGCUUCAGCUGUACUUGCACAGUUAAAUGUUUGUAAAUGUUGUGCCACAACAGAAUAAAUGAAUUUACUGGAGUAA